AAAAGUGUUAAAAGUGUAUUUUCUGACACAGUAGUACUACAGCGAACUUUUUGUAACCGAGAACGGCGAUUCACGUGGUAGAUUGAGUCCAUGACUGCCAUAAUGAGAAGUACUGUGUUUGUGUAUCUGGGGGAGGGUGCAUGUGAAGCGAAUGCAGAAGUCGUGGUGGCAAGCCUAAAGAGACAUCUGGAUGAAAAGUGCUAUAUCUUCAAGUUCAUCUCCCCAGAGGAGACCAUUGAAGGAACCUGGAAAAAGUCUACUGCUCUGUAUGUGAUUGGUGGAGGGUAUGACCUUGGUUUCAUCAGAGCCCUUGGAGACAAAGGGACGCUACAGAUUCGACAAUAUGUGCUAGAUGGAGGAUGUUAUCUAGGACUUUGUGCAGGUUCCUACUUUGGAUGUGACUACAUAGAAUUUGACAAGAAUGGACCACAGGAAGUUUGUGGGGAAAGGAUCCUGAAAUUUUUCCCAGGUUUGUGUGUUGGGCCAGUGUGGGGUCCUUAUAAUUAUGGCAGCGAAAGUGGUGCCAGAGCUGCCUUGGUAGACUACUAUGACAAUGGAACUCAAACUACACCUACCACACUUCGAGCCUAUUUCAAUGGUGGAGGAAUGUUUCUCUUCUAUGCAGACCAGUUCAUAUCUGUGAAAUGCAUUGCUGACAAAGUUUUGAAGAAACGAAAACAGGAGUCUUAUAGAAAGGAAUCAAAUAAAUAUAGCAAAAAUGACACCACAGAAAGUAAACAAAAGAAAUCUGAACUUAAAGAUAUAAGUGAUGUAGAUCGUAGACUUUGUGAUGAUUUCAGACCUGAAGAUAUAACACACACUUUAGCUAUAUAUAAAACAGAAGGGGAGAAAGGAAAUGCAUUUUGUGAUGUUGGAACCAGUUUGUCAAAAUUUACUUUUGAACCUCCAAAUGCUAAAAGAUCAAAAGUUGACAGCACGGAAAAUGUAUAUGAAUCUCAUUCUAAACAAGAAUCAGAUGGUAACAUAAAGGAAAAAACAUCUACAUGCCAAGCUAAAUCACCUGACAAGAACGUGGAGAUAUUAGCUGUGUAUAGUGAGGUCAAGGGAAAGCCUGCAGCUAUUGUAAAGUGUAAAGUAGGCAAGGGUGUAGCUGUCCUCAGUAGCCCACACAUUGAAUAUGACAGUAACAGUCUAAAUGACGAGGACAAAGAUAUAAAAAAACUUAUUCCACAUCUUUCAGAUUCAGACACUCAUCAGGAAAAAUGCUUCAGAUCCAUGCUCUUUCAUCUUGGCUUGACACUAAUUUACUAGCUUUAGUCAAUGUGUCAAUGGGCUGGGCCUAGACUGGCUUGACACUGAGUCAUAAGCUUCAGUCAGUAUGUAACUAGCUAAGAUCUAGGCAAGCUUGACUCUUGUUACAAGCUUCACUCUGUGUGUUACUAGGCUAGAUCUAGACUGGCGUGACACUAAGUCACACCUUUCAGUCAGUGUGUUACUAGGCUAGAUCUAGACUGGCAUGACACUAAGUCACACCUUUCAGUCAGUGUGUUACUAGACUAGAUCUAGACUGGCGUGACACUAAGUCACACCUUUGAGUCAGUGUGUUACUAGGCUAGAUAUAGACUGGCUGGACACUAAGGCACACCUUUGAGUCAGUGUGUUACUAGGCUAGAUCUAGACUGGUGUGACACUAAGUGUCACCUUUGAGUCAGUGUGUUACUAGGCUAGAUCUAGACUGGUGUGACACUAAGUGUCACCUUUGAGUCAGUGUGUUACUAGGCUAGAUCUAGACUGCCUGGACACUAAGUGACACCUUUGAGUCAGUGUAUUACUAGGCUAGAUCUAGACUGGCUAGACACUAAGCCAAACCUUUCAGUCAGUGUAUUACUAGGCUAGAUCUAGACUGGCUAGACACUAAGUCACACCUUUGAGUCAGUGUGUUACUAGGCUUGAUCUAGACUAGCUGGACACUAAGUGACACCUUUCAGUCAGUGUGUUACUAGGCUAGAUCUAGACUGGCUGGACACAUAGUCACACCUUUCAGUCAGUGUGUUACUAGGCUAGAUCUAGACUAGCUGGACACUAAGUGACACCUUUCAGUCAGUGUGUUACUAGGCUAGAUCUAGACUGGCUGGACACAUAGUCACACCUUUCAGUCAGUGUGUUACUAGGCUAGAUCUAGACUGGCUAGACACUAAGUCACACCUUUGAGUCAGUGUGUUACUAGGCUAGAUCUAGACUGGUGUGACACUAAGUGUCACCUUUGAGUCAGUGUGUUACUAGACUAGAUCUAGACUGGCUAGACACAAAGUCACACCUUUGAGUCAGUGUGUUA